AACUAACUUCAUGCAAUCAAGACCAGCGAGGUCAAUUUUGGCAUUUCCUACUGGUUCUAAAUUCGGGGCGGAGCCGAGAAGCUGCACUUUCACUUUAUGUAGUGUCCGUGUUAGAGGAGCACUGGAAGAGUCCGCGAAAUCUCCGACGCUAUUGCAGUUUUAUUUCACCGUCCGUAGCAGUCAGUCCCUCCGGAGAGAUCAUGCAUCCGCUCUUUUCCUUCGUGGUGCUGGCUGUCCUGAGCGCCAGUUCCCUCGCAAAACAAUCCUCCCCCAAAGUGCAGGUCUACAGCCGCAAACCCGGAGAGUUUGGCAAGGAAAACGUGCUGAUCUGCCAUGCAAGUGACUUCCACCCCCCGGACAUCUCCCUGGACUUGCUGAAGAACGGGAUCCUCAUGAGCAAUACCAAGCAGACAGACCUGGCUUUUGAGCAGGGUUGGAAGUUCCACCUUACCAAGACUGUACCCUUCAACCCCAGUGCUCACGACGUAUAUACCUGCAGAGUCCGACACAUGACGGACGAAAAGACCUACACGUGGGAACCCGACAUGUAAACAUCCAUGCGUGUGGUUCCAGUUGGACAUAUUUUACCUUCCAUGUUUUGGGCCAAAACAUUUGUUUUUGGCCAUAAAGUUUAAUACCUGAAAGAUUGGAUCUUUUAUUAGAGACUGGAUCUUUUAUCCAUGCCAUCAUGCUGUUCUGGAACUUUCUUUAAUCAAGCAUUUUUAUUUUUCACUAGUUUCUUUGAGAGGCACCUGAUUUUGGAAACUUUUUUUAUUGAAAAUUUGUGGAAAAGUAGAUUUAUUUGGCUGUGCGAAUGAUCAUUGUGCAUUGUGUGUCCCGUCUGUAGCUCAGAGAGGUAGUGUACUUGGAGUUUCCAUCUUACUUUUGCCUACCUUUCUUUGUCUUUCUGAUCUACCACUUUGGUAAAGUAUAUAUUUUUAGAAGAUUGCAGUUUUUCU